AUGAAGAACCUUAGGACUAAAGGCAUGCUCCCAAUUCCCCCUUCGCGCUUCUUUAAGGAGGGUCCGAAUCAGGACGAGAGGGCUGCGAAUGCGGAAGGUGCGGGCGCUGAGGUGGAGUUCGACGCUGGGAUUCAAAGUGUGAGUCUCAGGAGGAAGGCUCCGCGGUUCUUCAUGCGCAGGACUGGGAAUAUGGGUAAGUCAAGGCCUGCUCCGCUGUCUCUCACUGCUGGUGGUGAGCAAAGGGAUCAGCGUCAAGAAGAGUUACCGCCCGCAAAACCGCACCGCCCCAUCUUCUCGCCCUUCCCCUCGACGCGCGACCCUCGUCCAUCCCCAGGCAGCACUCAAACCCGCAUCACUUCAAUCUCGCGUCCAACCCUCACCCCCCAGCUCUGCAGCCCGCCAACCACGCAAUCACUCACCAUCGUGCCCUUUCACAAGCCCGCCGGAUUACCGCCUCCCCGUCCUCCCCGCCCCGACAGCCUAGACGAAGACACGCUCGCCUUCAUGCGCUCAAACGCACGCACCGGCUUCUCGACCAACAACCGCGUCAGCAACAGCACAGCAACCUGUUCCACACCCCGCAGCUACACCUCCUCCAUCGAAGGACGUCUCGGCCUCCCGACCGGUUACGCCACUCCGCACUCCUACUCCACUGAGUCCUCGCCCCUCGCUGCGCGCUUCCCCCUCGAUGCGUCGCACCUUUUGUCCAUGCGAGACAGCGCGGGGAGCGUCAAGGCAAACCCCCGCUUCAGCGCGUAUCUGAAUGCACAGCAGGGCGUGGCUUCGGAUGGAGUUGAAGCGGAGGAUCGCGAAGUUGGGCCGCUUGAGCUGUAUGAUAAGGGGAAGGAGGGGGAGUGGAUUAUGGAGAAGAGGGUUAGCCAGGGGCCGAAAGGAGUUCCGGGGAUGCUGUUCAGGGAUCGGCGUGGAGGAUGGCAUUUCGUCGCUGAUAUCUAGUGCGGGACUGGGAUACGUGCUCGCGACUGUAUAGUGCUAUGCUUGGCGGGAAUCAUGAGCUGGUACAUGUCGUACGACGGAGGGCGUGAAUGUGUUGCCAAACGGGCGAAUGCAUGCUCUCCGCUAUGUUAUAUCAGUCAAGCUUCCCACACGUGCGUUCUGCACUUCUAAGUAAAAGAUAUGAUUUCAAC